GGCGUACGAUGGCCACGGACGUCGGGGAAGGGAGGCCGAAGAUGCGUUUGACAUGCCAGACGAACAAUUUCGGCGUCACUUUCGCCAGAGUAAAGAAACAGUGUGGUGGUUGUGCGACGAAGUCGCCGACGAACUGAGGGGCUCGCGGCCAACUGAGCUCUCGGUGGAGCGGCAGGUAUUGUGCGCUCUGCGUUUCUUCGCCACCGGGUCCUUCCAGUCGUCGGUGGGAAGCGAGGAGACCGUAGCGGUGACGCAGCCCGCGGUCAGCAAGUGUGUCCGACGUGUGGCUCAGGCUAUUGUCAACGCCGGGACCCGCAACAAGUGGGUUCACUUCCCGAGGACGCCGGAGGAGAAGGCGGCCGUGAAGGAGGGAUUCCUUCGCCUUGGACCUCUACCUGGCGUCAUCGGAUGCGUUGACGGUAGCUUCGUCGCCAUCGUCGCACCGAGGGGCGAGCAGAAGGCGUCCUUCUGGUGCCGCAAAGGGUAUUUCGCCCUGAACGUCAUGUUCAUCUGUGACGCUGACAUGCGGAUCCUCGCCGUCGACCCGCUGCGACCAGGGUCGGACCACGACAGCCACAUCUGGGGCACGUCGUGGGUCCGCGAACGUUUCGAGGAGGGCCGCAUUGAGACGACUGGCGAGUACCUUCUCGGUGACGGCGGCUACCCCCUGGAGCCUUGGCUUAUGGUCCCGGUGCAAGGUCGACCUCACAGGGAUAGUGCAGAAGGCAAGUACAACUCUGGACAUGCUUCAAUGCGUUCCAUAGUGGAGCGUUGUAUUGGGCUACUAAAGAGCCGCUUUCGCUGCCUUCAGCGGUACCGCACCCUCCACUACUCACCGGAACGUUCUUCCAUCAUUGUUGCUGCAUGUGCAGUGUUGCACAACCUUUGUAUUGAAGAAGGUGACAUAGGUGUUGACGAUUUCAGCGAUGACAGUGGCAACGAGAGCAGCGAGCACGGCAGCUCUAUUGAUGAUGACCCCCAACCUCGGAUUAGACGGGGGAGGUCAUCACACUUUAUGUACUUGCGUGGGCAAGCUGUCCGCAAUGGCCUUAUCGGCUUGUUUGGCAGGACAAGGCGGGAACACCUGCAGCAUUUAAGAAGGGUGCGCAGGCGACUGCGCCGCCUGCAGCGACGACUGCGGCGUUAAAAUAUUUGUGCUGCAUUGCAGGAGCUUGACCAUCUGCGGUUCUUUAACGUGCCCCUAAAAUUAAGUAAACCGAUGCUUCUGCAUUUUCCCCUCAGUGUGAUCUCGCAACCGGUGCUGUCAGCAAUAAUGGGACACAUGUCCAAAAGUUUAGUAGUGUGACAUCUCAUCUGGUCAGCUUCGAUCAUGCCCGUGUGAUCCGGGUCAACAGCCAAGCACCGUAACCACUGUUGUGCACCAGUAUCGUUUUUUGUCGCUGCUGUCAUCCUGCAAUCGCCAAUAAUUGUCACCGCCAUCUGCACCAUGCCUGGGAGUACGCCCCGUCUUCUCGCUUCCUGUCUGGGCAACGCACACCUACUAUGCCCAGUGACCUGUCGUCGCACAUCCACCACACUGUUUCUUUUCAAAGGCCAAGUGGCGCCGAAAAAGAUCGUCUGGCAUGUGAAGUGCAUCAUGCUUCUCAUAAGUGCUCAAGCGUUGUACUGUUCCUGUGCAUGGCCAAGUGAUGCCAAAAGACAGCAUGCAGCAUGUAGAGUGCGUUUGGCUGCCUUAAGUGUGUACUCACUGCUGCUCCUGUGCAUGGCCAAGUGACGCCAACAGACACCAUGCGGCAUGUCAAGUGUGCUCAUUAGUGAAGUAACGUGAAAUAUUCUGGAAGUAUCACGUGUGACCUUUGCUAAAGGAGUAUGAAUUUAUUCAUAAUGCCAUGUGGUUUAUUUUGAUGUAUUCGGGCUUCACCCCAAAAGAUUUGUUUACAACGCACCACGUGGACCACGCUGUGAUGUUUGAGAAGCUGCAAGAUUGUUUGAACCAUUCUGUUAACAUGUGCUUAUCAGUUUCUCGACGGACAGCGCUCUGUUGGCCAUUAUGAGUGUACGUGUGUCACUGUAGUUUGACUUUUGUUUCCAGCGCGCAAGUCCGCUCAAAUAAAAAGU